AUGGCACCCAAGAUCUUCCUAACAGGAGGAACAGGCUACAUCGGUGGCUCCGUUCUCCAUACCCUCGCGGCCACCCACCCAGAAUACGACAUGACUGUGCUCCUCCGACGAACCCCUGAAACCUUCACAUCCACCUACCCCAACAUCACCAUCCUAACCGGCGACUACUCCAGCGCCGACCUGAUUGCUUCUGCCGCGCAAAACGCCGACAUCGUCGUUCACAACGGCGACUCAGACCACGAAGCCAGUCUCAACGCCAUCAUCACCGGUCUACUCCGACGUCCAACACCAGGCUACCUACUCCAUCUCUCCGGCACAGGAAUAGUAUCAGACUGGGCCGACGAGUCGUAUCUAGGAAAGCUAAAUCCAAUGAUAUGGUCAGACACCACUUCCUUGCCUGAGAUCCGCCAGUUGCCUCCUACGGCCCUGCACCGCAACACCGAGACCAUCUUACACGACACGAUUGCAAAACAUGGAGAUAAGAUCAACAUAGCCAUCAUGUGUCCCCCUGAUAUCUACGGUAAAGGUCGAGGGUUAGCGAAGACACACAGUGCGCUCAUCCCCUUCUUCAUCAAAGAAGCGAAGAACAUGGGUGGUAAACCAUUCUACUACAACGACGGAACCAACACGCGGAGUUGGGUUCACAUCGACGACUUGAUGCGUCUCUACCUGCACGUCGUAGAAGCCGCAGUCUCGCGUUCUUCUCCCCACGAUUUCUUCAACGAUAACGGGUACUACUUUGCCAGCACGCAAGAGCAUUCUCAGUCUAGUGUUGCAAAAGCGACCGCUGAAAUCUUACACAAACAUGGUGUUAUACACGAUGCGGAACCAGUGCAGAUAAGUUUGCAGGAGCUGGAUAAGAUGGCCAAUCUACCUGGGUUUCCGAAGCUAGCGAGGUAUCUGUUUGCGAGUAAUUCGCGGACGAGGGCUGAGAGGGCGGCUGAGAAGUGGGGGUAUAGGGGUGAGGCGAAGGGGUUGUUGGCUUGUCUGGAGGCGGAUGUAUUGGAUGCCUUGCAAGGGUGA